UUUGAGUUAAUUUCAUUUCCCGCUGCCCGCGGUGACGUCAUGCUACCAUAGCAACCAUAGCAAUGGACAGGAGCAGCUGGGAGAAGAUACUCACCUGUUUUCAGGCGUCUGCCAGAGGAUUCUUGGUGAGGAAGGAGGUCCGAGGAGCCAGAGGAGACUUUGAGGAGAUCGUGAGAGAGAUCGAUGGAGGUCUGAGCCACGUGGAGUGGAAGGAGGCGCUCCUCCCUGUUCCCUCCUUCACAACCACUGUCAGCCUGUUUCUACCAGCCAGCAGCUCUGCCAACAAACCUUCAGAACCCUCAGAACCAGGUCUAGAGGUCUGUGGCGGUCCCAGGAGUCCACCAGCAGCAGAACCUUCAUCAGGUCAGAGAGGAGAACCUGGUGUCCUGCUGGAGAAGACAGAAGCAGAGAGAGAUGAUCCACAGACUGGUUCUGGUUCUGGUUCUGGUUCUACUCACUGUGAUGUGAGAGAAGGAGUCCCUGAGGAGGAGAAAGAUGGAGACUCCUCCACCGUGUGGAGCAGUCUGGAGCUGGACAGGAACUCUGGUCUCUGUCACAGAGGUGAGCAGCAGUCCUGCCGGGCUCAGCAGGGGCCCCGGAGCCCCGAGGGGCCCCGGACCCCCGAGGGGCCCCGGACCCCCGAGGCCCUGCGUCUCCAUAGAAACACCCUGACCAUGGAGCUGGUGUGGCUCCAACAAGCCAUCGACAGCAGGAAGAAGUAUUUGUCGUUGAAGGAGCGGCUGAUUGUCUCCUGAAGUUAUUAACUGGAUGUGAUCAUUAGAGACUGAACGUCUGAAUGUUGAAAUAACUCACGUAGCAUCUUUUUAUUAUUUUGUACAUAUUCAAAGACACCUGAAAUAAAUAGUUUUCUGUGGUAUUUAUCAUGUGUUCGACAAAAUCUGUACAUUCUGUAUUUUGUUUGCUCAUGUAAGAAAUGAAUAAAUUGUAUUUUUCUAAAAAAAUUUAAAAAA